AUGGUACCCCCUCCUACCUAUCCAUAUGGCAUGCCCGCUUGCUAUAACCCACAAGCUGUCUGUGCUUAUCAUUCAGGGGCACCCGGACAUUCAAUUUUGGAUUGCAAGGCUCUUAAGCAUAAAGUUCAAGAUAUGAUUGAAGUCGGAGAGAUUGUAAUUAGGAAAAGGGAGGCACAAGGGCCGAAUAUAAAUAGGAACCCCUUGCCGGAACAUACUAAUACCAUUGGGGUCAUUCUGGACGACACAGAGUAUGACAAUCUAGUCCAAAAAUUGGCAAGGGAAGUUGAGGUGUUUGGGGUCACAGACCAACCAUUUGUAAUAGAAGAUGAACCGUUUGAGGAGGAUAAAAGACCUUUUAUUUUAGAUCUCACUCCAGCUGAGAGCGAGGCUUUGGAGCCAGUGGUCAUCGAAUUCCCAAAACAGGCGCCUGUUCUAAGUUUGCAGCAAGUGCCAUGGAAUUACAAUGAACCUGUCAUACAAAUUGGAAAAAAGUCAGUUGCCAAAGAAGAGGUGUCAGCAGUCACUAGAUCAGGGAGAAUUGCAAGUCCGUUUGGAGCUACCGUUCCGAUUCAAACAAAUAACCCUGAGCUGCCCGCUAAACCAACAAUUACUGAGAAGGAAGCCUUGGAUUUUCUUAAAAGGCUCCAAAGAAGCGAAUAUAAUGUAGUCGACAGGCUAAGCAAGUCGCCCGCCCAAAUAUUCAUGUUGGAUAUACUUUUUUCUUCUGAUAUGCAUAGGGAUGUGUUGCUCGAAGUGUUGACUAAAGCUCAAAUCCCUAAAAACAUUUCGGUUGCUAAUUUCUCACAUGUAGUUGGGAAUGUGUUGAUUGACAAUGGAUCUGCGCUUAAUAUCUGUCAUUGGAGUACCUUGGAAAAGCUAGGAUUGCAAGAUAUCAAGCUAAGGCGUUCAGGGACCAUAGUUAGAGGUUUUGAUGGAGCACAAAGAGAACCUAUAGGAGAAGUGGAUUUAGUAGUCGAGAUGGGGCCCGCGCAGUUUCAAAUAGCCUGCCAAGUUAUGCACUUUCCUAGUGUUUACAAUGUUUUGCUUGGACGUCCGUGGAUUCAUAAGUCCGGGGCUGUGCCGUCUUCAUUGCAUCAAUUGUUGAAAUUCAUAGUAAAUGACAAAUUGAUAACUAUCUUUGCCGAGGAGGAUUGCCUCGUAAUUGCUGAUUCUGGGUCCGAAGAAGAUGGUAGCCGAAACGCCACAGUGACCCCUCAUAGCACAGCUGAUAUCGUCUCCGUAAGUUGGAUAACAAAAGAGGAACGAGCUGUGUCAAAAGCCAGUGUCAUGAUGGCCAAGGAAAUGAUCCGCGGAGGAUAUGAGUCUGACAAAGGGCUGGGACGUGAUCUACAAGGAAUUCUGAAACCAGUGAAAAUUGUGGAGAAGAAGGAUUCAUUCGGUUUGGAUUUCCGACCAACCGCUAAAGACAUCAAAGAAAUGAAGGAACGCAAGAGAGCAGAGAAAGAAGGCAGGCAAAAGGCCUUUGAUAUUCCACCACUGCAUUAUACUUUUCCACGACCAACCAAGGUGAUCACGUCAGAGAUUAACCCAGUUGACGAAAUCGAAACUAGUUUGGCCCAAUUGUUCGUUGGGGCAACAUUUGAAGACAGUUUUCCAGAUGAGCCCGAGUUUCCCGACAUCCCUGAAGGAUCAAUUUCCAAUUGA